UUUUGUUUCUUUAAUAUGAUUAUAAAGAAAACAGCAUUAUUUUUUUUACUUCAGUGCUUGCUCAUCUUCCCUUUCCUUUUUGAAAUCCCCUUCCCUAGGUAUCUAUUAGAACAGGAUUUUCCAGGUAUGAGGAUUGGUCCAGAACCUACCACUGAUUCUUUCAUUGCUGUGAUGUAUGGAGAUGCAGAAGGCAGUACUCCUGGAAAUGCACUGGUUGUGGACCCCAAGAAGCCAUUCCGUAAACUCAGCCGCUUUGGAAAUGCUUUUCUGAACAGGUUCAUGUGUGCUCAGUUACCUAAUGAAGUUUUGAAGAGCAUCAGCAUCAUUGAUAGUCCUGGAAUUCUUUCCGGAGAGAAACAGCGCCUCAGUAGAGGCUAUGACUUCUGCCAAGUCCUCCAGUGGUUUGCUGAACGGGUUGACCGCAUCAUCCUCCUCUUUGAUGCCCAUAAGCUGGAUAUUUCUGAUGAAUUUUCAGAAGCUAUUAAAUCAUUCCGAGGCCAGGAUGACAAGAUUAGAGUGGUGCUGAACAAGGCUGAUCAAGUAGACACUCAGCAGUUGAUGAGGGUCUAUGGUGCACUCAUGUGGUCCCUCGGAAAGGUGAUCAACACUCCAGAAGUGUUGCGAGUCUACAUUGGUUCUUUUUGGUCCCAACCUCUUCAAAAUACGGAGAACCGUAGGCUCUUUGAGGUGGAAGCCCAGGAUCUCUUCCAAGACAUCAAAAGUCUCCCACAGAAGGCAGCUGUGCGGAAACUCAAUGACCUCAUUAAGAGGGCAAGACUUGCAAAGGUUCAUGCUUACAUUAUAAGCCAUCUAAGGAAGGAAAUGCCAUCUGUAUUUGGAAAAGAGGCCAAGAAGAGGGAACUGAUCAGCAGGUUACCUGAAAUCUAUAUCCAACUGCAACGAGAGCACCAUAUCUCACCAGGGGACUUCCCAGAGGUCAAGAAAAUGCAGGAACAGCUGGAGACCUGUGACUUCUCUAAAUUUCAUUCUCUGAAACCAAAGCUGAUUGAAGCUGUGGAUAACAUGUUGGCCAAUAGAAUUGCUUCUCUAAUGAGCCUGAUGAGCCAGGAAGAGAGCAACAUGCCUACACAGAUGGUGCAUGGUGGAGCUUUUGAUGGCACCACAACAGGACCCUUUGGCCAUGGAUACGGGGAAGGUGCUGGGGAAGGAGUUGAUGAAGAUGAGUGGGUUGUUGCCAAAGAUAAACCUGUAUACGAUGAGAUCUUUUACACUCUGUCACCAAUCAACGGCAAAAUCUCUGGGGUCAAUGCAAAGAAGGAAAUGGUGAACUCCAAACUGCCAAACAGCGUCCUGGGGAAAAUCUGGAAGCUUGCAGAUUGUGAUAAUGACGGCAUGUUGGAUGAGGAGGAGUUUGCACUGGCAAAACAUCUCAUCAAGAUUAAACUGGAUGGGUAUGAACUGCCUGGCAUCCUACCACCUCAUUUAGUGCCACCCUCACACAGGAAGCCUCUGCAGAUGGCAGAAUGAAAAACUCCAGCAGCAGAUUAAGUGAGGAAUGGAGGGAAUUGUAAGCCCUCUGAAUCUUUUUAUAAAUGAGUUGAAGCACUAAGGCUUGAAAUUAGAUUUAGAGGAAAUCUUUAAAUCACAUAUCAGAUUUCACACAAGUUGCUGGACCCAGCAGCAUAGUACAGGGGUUACUUAUGUAAUAGCUCCAGCUGACCUUCACUAAGACAGGUUUAUCACAAGUGCCUUUUGUAACUAAUUCCAUACCUUUUAUGGUUAAGAGAGCCAAGCUUUCUUUUAAAAUCACCCUAUUUAUGUCUGAUUGCAUUUACCACCAAAAAGCAGAAAAGAAUUGUCACACCUAAAAUCAUCUACCAAGCAUGAAUGCUUAGUAAAUACAAAACUCCACAAACUGUUUAGCAAAUGGAAGAAAGCUCUAAUUUCAAACUUACCCAUUUCUAGAAAUCAUAGCUUUGUUUAAUAAAGAUACCUUAGGUGCCUUUGUGAGUGUCAGCAUCCCUAGCUUUAGAAAAGGCAAAAAUACAAAGGGCCUUGUCUUCAUGUUCUGCUGUUGAUAUUAAUGAUAACCUGUUUGAGUGAAGAGGGGCAUGGGUAGAACUUUUGUAAGAAUGCUCAGGACAUGAGCAGAAAGUUAAGAAUUUUUACCAGAGAUUAUUUUUAGAAUCUGCAAUAUUUGAAGUUGUUUAAAUCUGUCAGUUGUGCGAUUGUAAACAGAAGAGAUGUUUUCUUUUGCUUCAUAAAAGAAUGUGUAGCUGACUCCGUCUAUGUAAUAUCAUCAGCUAAAAAGAUUUGGACGCCCACUGUGUUGGGGAUGGGAAUUUUCAAAAUUUCUGUGUAGCUUCAUCGGUGUAUAUUCGUGAACUGUAACACUGUAUGGUCCUGCUACUUGGAAGCAAAGGAAGUCACGUGUUUUAGCAGAAACAGAAGCAUUGCUUUCAAUCAUGGGAGAAGGGUGUAUUGUAUUACAUUUCUUUUCAGGAUAGUCAGUGUGCAUAUUCAGUUUGGCUUGAUAAAUUCUCUUGGGAUUUACACUCAAAGUUUACAACCAAUUAUAUGGGUAUACUUACUUCAAAUUAUUUGUUUUAUGUUCUUUGUUUCAGCAGAAUUUUGAAUUCUUUCUUUGUUAACAGAAAGCUGGCAAAUGUAGAAAAGAUGUUCUACUCCUACUGUAGCCUCAUCUACAGAAAGUAAGCCAUUAAGAAGCCAAGCCAACUUCCAUUGAAAUUAAUGAUACUCUUUCACAAAAGUUGGGUAGGCCCCUUAGAGCAUUGUUAAUUUAUUAAAGAAACAUUUGAAGGGAAAGAAGUGCACUAGCACUUCACCUCACCAUCCUUCCCAGUUGUACAAUCAAAAAAAAGUUGAUCAUGUGGGCACUGCACACCUCUAUUUUCAGUGUUCCAGAGGAAAGUGAUUCCCUCUAGCCCCAUCUAUUUUAAUAUGCUUUCACCCCAGAGAGGUAGAACAAUUUCUUCCUGGCACCAAACUUGACAGUUAGUUUAGUCAUAUGUAUGAGAAUGAGAAUCACCUUGGAAUCCACAUCUAACAUAAAAUACUAUAGGUAUCAAAAGUACUGUAGCUGUUAGCACUUUUUUUCCUUGAAUCCAAGUAAAAUGGAUUGGAAGUAUCUUCUGGGACUGAUUAACCUGCUCGGUGAGGGAGGGACAAUUUCCUGAGACUACGUAAGCAAAUUCAUUUAAUCAUGUCUGAAUAGCAAUGAUAUUAUAACAGAAUUUUCAGAAUCGUUUAUGGUUCAUUGCUAACUUUGAGUACUCAGAAUCUGACCUUCCAGUAAUGUGUUGUACAGCAUUCUUCCAGUUCUACAAUGGCUAUUUCGUGACUGUCGCUUGCUUACAUGUAUAAUUUUCAGAAAUUUCCAUGUGUUAAGUAUUUAAAUGCUCUAAGAAAUUUCUCCCCUACAUAUUCUCAAGUUUGAAUAAAUUCAAGCUCUUCAAUUAGCCACUUACUUCAGAUCUUUCAAUACUUUUGAUCAGUCUGGUAGCUGAGAAUCUUAUUGUUAUUUUUUGCUGCAAUUUAAAAAUGUUUCCAUCUUCACUACAACUAACAUGUAAUAUGAAGGCUAAAGAUGUACACAAUAUAAAAAAUCCUCACCAAAUGGAAACAAAAAUUGUAAUCCAUCUUUAUGCAUAAUUCUAGCUUAUCACCAAAGUAAAGUCUUACAUUAUAUAUGCCAGUAAAUAUUUGUCCAUUCUGAUAUCUGUGUGCUAAUUGUAAGUAUUACAUUAGAAGGUUCUUUAUUUAGUUGAUUUAGGAGCCCCUAAGAUAACACACAGUAAUUUAUUCACAAAUGAGAUCAUAGAUGCUGACUUCUGAGGCUGGAGCACCCAUGGGGAAGAAUUGGCAGCACCUGGCAGCAAAGCUCCCCCUGCACCUCUCACCCACUGAUGGCCACGCUGGCCAACCCCUGCUCUCCUAGGAUUCUGGAGUGAUGCAAACAUCGUGACGUUCAGGAAGCUCUGAGAGGGAUGGGGGAAGGAGGCUGGGCAAUGUCCUGGGAGAAUGAAUGGAAUGGGGAUGGGGUAGGGGUGGAGCAGAGGUGUGAAGAGGCAGGAGAAGAGGUUCAGUAGGGGCAAGACUUGGAGCUGUGGGUGGAGUCAGAUAUGCCCCAGAUAGAGGGAAAAUUGGUGCCUAUGAAGGAGAGAUGCUUAUUUGUAACCAACUGUUAGGUAUAUUACCUUUACUAAGUGUAAUAAGUGAGAGCAGGCUAUCCAUCAUCUCUUCAGUAGCAUCCUCUUGGCUGUUUGUUUGAUACUGCUAGCAUUUAUUGUUAAAUGAACCAAACAUCUCAAAUCCCUUAGUAUGUCUGUAUAAAACUGAAAAGUAGUACUUCGUGGUUUUGUGUUAAUUUUCAACCCUUAUGUUAAAUCCACACACACACUAUUUCAUUAGCCUGUGUUUAUAACCAGUUAUUGUAACUGAGUACCUACUUUUAAAGCCACUCGUCCAACAGUAUUGAAAUAUAUUUUUGUUGUUGAAAUCUAGCUGCUGAUUUGACUGGAGACAAAUCCACCUCUGCGUCAAUUUGGCCAUAAGGUUAUUUGUUGUCAGCAUGAAAGCUCUCAUACAUCCUUGACUCCAGAAUCCAUCUGAUGCCUUAGUCUUUGGAAAGGAAGUUCAUUCUUCUUGACUAUAGCAACAACAGUCUGAAAGCUCUCUCUACUGAGCAUGUAAGGUCUUGUUGACUCUGCUAAUUAUCAGCAAUAUUAAAAAUUACUAGAGAAUGUAUGAGAAAAUAAUUUUAAUUAUCCUUCAUGGGGAAUGGUUUCUGUUCCUUUUAGCUUAUAUUUUAUUCCCUGCUGCUUCUGUGUCAACAAGGCAACUUGUUUAUCUCCUCAAAGCUGUUAUAUAGAUGGACCUUUGCAUUUCUGGGCCUCUUAAAAUUACCCUGCUUGUUGGCCAAAAGCUAACUUAUCCUCCUGCAAGGAAACAGUUUUUUGGGGAGCAGAGGUGGAUUUUGAUUUUAUUUUAUUUGUUUUUACUUCUCUGUUUCUUUUUCUUUUUUUCAUUGUUUCGUCUUUGAGCCGAUCAUGCCCUUACACGCAUUGAACACUUUCUCUCCUCUUUCAUCUCAGCUAUGACAGGAUAGCAUGUUUAGGGUUACUCCAGUGUUUGGGGACAUGAGAUGGAAACCACACUUCCCUCACUGAAGAGGAGCUUCAUUUCAUCCUUUUCCAUUUAUCUCAGUUCCCUGCAUGUGGCAGGUAGCCACUUUUGACACUAAGUGAAGAUGUCCUUUGAGAAGAAGCCACCAGAUCUUUAUCAGGAGUCUGCUGUGUGUGAAUCAGUGGAGCCAUUUUAGACAGUGACAGAAGAGUGAUGCUACUUUACCCAGCCAGGCUUUCGGGCCCUUGUAUCAAGGGUACCCUAUUUUAGUUAAUUACUCUUGAACACUCUAACUGUUUUUAAUUACUCAUCCUUCCUUAGUACAGUUUAGUCAUGAUCACCACCAUGGUUAAAAUUCCCCCUAAAACUAAAACCAGUUAAGGGCAAAAUUCAGUCUUUAUGCAUCUCCAUUCAUUUCAGUCAUUUACAGCAGGGCUGAAUCUAGCCCUGAGUCAAACAUAACAAGGCUUAUGUGCAAAUAGCGAUACUGGUCCUCUAUGUAAUUAAUGCAGCAGAUUAUAACAUCAUUUUAUUUUAAUGAUAGAAUAUUGUUUUAAAUUGAGACUUUAGAAGCAAUUGUACUAAUACACAUGUGUUAAAUUUGUAUGAUCUCUGCAAUCAGGGACAAAUGCACAUCCUAGCACCUUCCCUGAGAAUCUUGGCUAGGGAGAUUGACUGGGGGAAAAUGGGAAAAAAUAUUUUUACUGAAUUCUACAAUGUUGGGGGUGGGAGAGAGGAGGGAGGGACAGGAUCUGUGUAGCUGCUGGUCCUCCAUCUCUACACCUGCCUUACUACUAACCUUUCUGUAUAGAGAUACACUGGGAUCCUUAGUGGACCUGGACUGCAAAUCAGCACCACAUGUACACUCCACAUCUUGCUCUCUGACACGAUGGAAACGAUUGUUCCACUGCUUUUAGACUUUCCCUAUCUGCUGAAGUGGAGAGCAGGAUUUGACCCUAAGGGUGUGUCUAUACUACACCGCUCUGUCAACAGAGAUAUGUAGAUUAGGCACAAUGAAAUUGCUAAUGAAGCCGGGAUUUAAAUAUCUCGCGGU